CUCUCACUCUCUCCUACUAGUACUGUACUACCCUGUUUUCCUUUACUUUUUUAAUUUUAUUUUUUCGAUCCAAUCAACCACCUGCAAAAGUGCAAAACCAAACAAAUGUACCACAUUUCAUCAUCAACAUCUUAACAGCCCACCCAACGCAUUCUUCCAAAUGGACCCACCAACCCGUACCAGAACCCGGGUCCGAACCCGUAACGCACCAUGUCCCCGCCACCCAAACCAGCCUGUUACCGGAUUAUGUGCAUUGUGUCUCCGAGAUCGCUUAACAUAUCUAGAUUCAUCAUCAACCCAUCAUCACAUCAAACAAGAAAACAUCAUUUCUUUUCCUUUAAGUCGCCGUACUAGACGUCCCGGCGGUCCGGUGCCGGAACUUUGCCGGAGCAAAUCUGUCGCCGGUGAGAUUUCUGAGGUGGGUUUUGGUUUAUCUGAUCUGGGUCGAAAGUCUUGUGAUGAAAUAUGUAGUGGAUUUUAUAAAGAUUGUAGCUUUAAUAAUAGUAAUAGUAGUAAAGUUGGGUCCAAGAAUUUGGGGGUUUUGAGUAUAAAUGAGCCGGUUUUGGAGAUUAUUGAAGAUAAUGAUGUUAGGGUUUCAAAUGGGUUAUUUGUUGGAAAUGAAGUUGUUGAUAAUGGUGAGGAUUUGAGGACAAUGAAGGAACUUAUCGAGAUGGAAUUUCGAAAUAAGAAGAAGAAAUUUUGGGAAGGAGGGUUUGUUUUAGGUCAAAAGUUGCGAAAAUGGAGAGGAAAGAAUAAAGAAAAGAAGGUAAAUGAGGAUAAGCGAAAGGAGGUUGAUGAUAAGGAAGUAUUGAAAUCGGUACAAUUUAAGGAUGUGGAUUAUGGGUUAGGAAGAAGAUCAUGUGAUGCGGCACCAAGGUUUUUGAUGGAGGAUCCGAGGUUUUCGUUAGAUGAACGUAGGGCGGAUUGGGAUGGAUAUAUGAUUGCUAGAACGAUUCCUAGGUUAACACCGAUGCUUCCCCUUGUUGACGAUGAUAUGAUUUUGCCGCCUUUGAAUAAGAGGAUUGUAGUGGAUAAGCAUCAAAUGGGUCGGAUAAAAGAGGAUGGGUCGAGUUCUGGUGGUUCAGCUAAGUCUAAUUCGGAUUUGUUUACAUCGAAUGCGGGAAGUAGUUGUAGUUCAAUGAAAAGUUCUAGUUCCAAAACUGUGAAUGAUAGUAUUGGUCAAGAAACUAAGUUAGUAAUAACCGAGAGAGAGUUAAAAGAUUGGCAUAUGCGUUCUGUUAACGAACACAAUGUCAAAUCCGCUUCAAGUGCAUUGAUUUCCUCUCAUGCAACAGUCAAGCGUUCAAAUGGGCAUAAGAAGGAAACGAAUAGUAGAUGGAGAAAGAUGUCGAAUCUAUGGAGCUAUAAGUACAAACAUGGCGAGAAAAAGAAUGGAGAAUGUAUUCAAGAAAGUCGACCUUCUCUGGAUCGAAACAACGAGAUCAGUGGAGUUGCUAAGCUAGUUAGAAAUGGUAGUAUGGUGGGAACUAGAAAUAAAAGUGAAUUACAUCAAAAUGGUGAAGAAGGUGGUAGGCAUUCUAUGAGUGAUAUAGACAAUGGAUUGAUGAAGCUGUAUUUGUCACCACUUAGGAAGUCUAAAAAGAGUUGGCUAAGGGAAGAAACCAUCAAUGGCUGAAGUGAUAUUUAGGUACUUUCACAACUUAUUAAGUGUAUUAGUGUAACUUUUGUAGAGUAUGUUUAAUUGUUAUCUUUUCUUGUUCUGCACAAAAGCAUAAUAGCAUUAUUGUUUCAAUUAUCAUGCUUAGUGCUUUCUUUGGGAGAUGGUAAUAAUAUAAGUUCAAGUUUUGCUCU